AAUAAAGUAAAGUGGAAGCAUAAACAUGGCGUACACAAGUCAGAAAAGUUCCUAUCAUGCACAAGCAAGAAUUUCAUACUUAUAAAAUAAUCAAAUGCCACUUAAAAUGAGAUUUUUCAACGUUGCGUAUUUCUUUGCAGCAGUUAUAAAUAUCCCAUUUGGCAAUUUCGAACUUGUAGUUAAUGUGAAAACAAAAAGUGGCAAGUUUAUUCAGCAGCAUUUGAUGGCAGACCCUGGGAAGGACAUUGUUAUUAUUGAGUAUAAAAUGCCAAAAGGAACUAAAACAGUUACUUUGUUUGAUUUUACUAAGCAUUUGCAGGUUAUCAAAACAUCAUUUUUUGGUGAAAUGGAAAGAGGUGAAAAGCCUAUUCACACCAUUUGUUGUGUAUUGAAGUUUUUCUCUAGUGACUUCAUAUCUUCCGAUGCCAUGUCAAAAUUAAGACAGAAAAAUCCUGUUGCAAUACGCAUUCCUGAAGAGGAGUUAGAAAAUGACUUUCUUAUCAUGGGAAAAGAGAUCCCAUGGGAAAAAUCAGGAGUUUUUAGUGGCCAUGUUCAUCAGUUGUGUGAUGAUGCUGAUAGAAUAUAUACUAGUGAGAGCAAUAUUGAAGAAAUUUCCCAAGGUGACAAGAAUGUUUUUCAAACACUUUUAUCCUCAACAAUUAACAUCAACAGCAACAGCAACAGUUCUGACAUUAAAAGUUGCAAUGUAUCGAUUGACAAAUCUGCCACGUGUAUUUGCCAUUACGAGUCGUGCCUUAGUUGGUAUCCAUGUGCAUUGAAAUAUUGUGAUGACAUUGGUCAUGGAGGUGAAAAGGUAUCUUAUCGUUGUGGUAUAAAGACUUGCGGUAAAUGCAGACUAUUUCAGUAUUACGUUAACAACCAUGAGGAUUGUUUUUGGGAGACGCCUUUUAAACAUGGGACAUAAUUUAGGAGAGGUGAUGACCACCAUUGAGCUACAUUCAAUAUGUUUGACGCAAUGCUUUAGCGGAUAGCAGCUGGUCGAAGUAAUCUAAUGCAUCGGGAAGCAAUGUUUUCAUAACGGUGUUGAUAUCGAUAAAGAUUGAUCGUUGCAAUUAUGGGCAGCUAACUAGCUUUAAGAACAUAAUUUUUGUGACUCUAAGAUCUGUUAGAAUUAUGUAAAUCAUGCCGUCGCCAAUAAUAACUGUUUUAAAUUUUAUUGUUUCGGUAAAACAUCUAGCCCCAAUUGACGUUAUUAGUUCACCUGUAUGAAGCUCUUUAAGAUGCAUAGGACCUUGUGCAGACAACGUAAUCACUUUGUACUAGCGACGUAUUCAUAGGUACAACACGCUUCGUGGUGGACCGAUGAUCGAUUAUAAUCGAUGACUGAUCAAAAAUUUCAGACAACGUGACAAUCUAUGGUUCUUUGUGUACAGGAUGGCGUUCUUUGUGUACAGGACAUUGGAAUGUAUCUGCUUGCAAUAAAUGCAUGUGUAAAUUUUAAUUCUAUACAUAGCUAUACAGAUUUUUUUCAUAAUCACCUAGAUUCGUACACGUAGUCUGAUAUACUUUUGAUGCAUUUCAAUAACAUAUAGUUAAUAUUGAACACGUAUUUUAAUAAAUCGGGGGCGAAGUUGA